AUGGCUAUGCUCGGGUUUGGCUCGCUGAGUGAGGCGUACUGCUACUUUACCGCCUUCAUGUGCGGUGUAUCCAUGCUGUUGCCUAUUAAUGCCAUCUUUUCGGCACCACUGUAUAUUAUGCACUACUACCAGUACGUGGUGGAUAACCCGGACGCAGAGGCGGAACACACGAAUUUCUGGAAUAACGUUUUGUCGUAUUAUAAUCUCGUUAAUCUCGCUACGGCGCUUAUUGUCGAACCGCUAACGCUGACGCGAAUAUUCCGCCGCAUUCCUUUGCAGGUUCGUAUGCUUUCGGCUUUGGUGUUCUUGUGGGUGGAGAUCAUCGUACUGAUGGUGGUGCCUGCAGUAGGUUCAACAGAGGUUGGAGCGAUGGUAACCAUCCUCAUUGCAGGUUUUAUUUCAGGAUCAGGGGUGUCGGUGUUUGAAUCCACAGCAUACGGGCUAUUUAGCGCGUUUCCUCAUCGAUUCAUGGCUUGCUUGAUGGGAGGAGCAGGAGUGGCUGGAGCGCUAACCUCUAUCUUGCAGAUCAUUGUGAAGGCCGCGAUGCCUGAGGACUAUGAGGGCAUUCGUGUCCAGUCCAAGAUCUUCUACGGGUUAAUGGUGGGUAUCCAAUGUAUCACAUUUAUCAUGCUGAUAUUUCUACGCUGGAACACGUACGCAAAACAGUACACUGGCUCACUGAGCGGAGAACAUACACAUCACGAAGAGGAACUUGGUGUUACUGAGGGGGCGAAGCCAGGAAAAAAUCCGUUGGCUGAGGAUCCCAAUUCCACUUCAGAGAGUCUUGUUAAUACGGAUGUUUUCUCUGUGUUUAAAAUUAUUUAUCCAAUGACCAUUGCGUGCGCCUUCAAUUUUCUUAUCACUUUGUUAUUGUUCCCCACUGUGGUGGUGUCCGUGGACCCGGAGGACUACUGGUAUGGUACAAUU